AUGCUGGAAUUCUAGAAGACGCGGAGAAAACCACACGCGUAUCCUCCUCAUUGGCUAUUCUGUCAUUUAAAUUCACCGGCAAUCGAUGACGUGCCUCUCCUGACCUGAAGAACCCCAAGGAUCGGGAAAAAAAAAAAAUGGCCUUCCCUUUUCACCACCACCACCACCACCACCGCCAUGACGACGAUGAAGACGCCGAACCUCCUUAUCCUCCACCGGGACACAGGCCGCCAUACUCCGAUCCACCGCCCCCACUGGUUCCCCACAUCCACCACCACACUCACUACGGCGAGGCUCCUCCGCCGCCUCCACCGUCUUACGUUGGCUACGAGUCCAAUUUCCCUCCGGAGCCGCCCGUUCCCGACUACGGAUACUCCUCCGGACCCCCUCCUCCGGUCGUGCACCACCACUCUCACAAUCCACACUCUCCCACUGUUAUUCACCAACACUCUCAUCACUCCGAUUCUCCCUUCUCCAACAGACCAACGGUCAAGGUCUACGCCAAAGCAAACCCUAAUUUCUCUCUUGCCAUCCGCGACGGCAAGGUCGUCCUCGUUCCUUCCGAUCCAGACGAUCCCGCUCAACACUGGUUCAAAGAUGAGAAAUACAGUACAAGGAUUAAGGAUGAGGAAGGAUGUCCCUGCUUUGCUCUGGUGAAUAAGGCCACCGGUCAGGCGAUGAAACAUUCCGUUGGAGCUUCUCAUCCGGUUCAGUUGACACGCUACGAUCCAAAUGUUGUGGACGAGUCUGUACUGUGGACACAGAGCAAGGAAUUUGGGGAAGGAUACAGAGCCAUAAGAAUGGUGAAUAACGUUCACUUGAAUGUUGAUGCCUUUCAUGGAGACAAAUAUUCUGGUGGAAUUCAUGACGGCACGCACAUUGUUUUGUGGAAAUGGAAGGAAGGAGAAAACCAACUGUGGAAGAUCGUACCCUACUGUAAGUUCUUUCUCUUUUAUACUAUGGUUAGACAUCAUUCUCUUUUGUUCAUCUUGCUGUUACUGACUCUUGAUUUCUGGAUCUCAUGCCAAAUCAAUGGAUUCUAUUGUUCAGUUUUAGAUUUUUCAAUUCUAAAUUUUUAUUUCCCUCUUCCUAAUCCUUUAAUACCCUGUUAAACAUGGAUUUCAUGUUGAAAAAUGAUAGACCAAAGGAUUAGGGCAAGAGGUGAAUUUUUUAAUUUAGAGAGUUGCUGAAAUAAAUGAGCUAUUUAGUCAUAAGUUCAACGCGUAAGGUGUAAGGAGUUGCUUAAUUUUAUGGAAGCGAUGGUUUUAGUCGUGGGAUUCAUAAAUUCCUUGGGCAGAGUAAGGUUUUGUUGUUGACCUAUUUUUCUUUUCAAACAAUUUUCAAAACGAUUGCAUUGAGAAAAGAAAAGACGAAAGAUCAUACGAACAUAUAAAAAACCUCCACAAAAGGAGGAGUUCACUUUACAAGGAGGGGCUUCAACUAUGCAACAAAUGUUUAUAGGGAAUUAUUAAAUCCAUCGAAAUUGAAGUCUAAAGAGAAACAUGAAAACAAACAAGGGACCAAACAUCAAAAAGGUCUCUAUCCACGCCCCUAAACACUCUUAUUUCACACCUACCCAAUACUCCAUAGAAAACAGCAUUUCCUCCCAAAAUGUAGAAUUGAGGAGAAACACUUUGAUAAUAACAUUGGCGUCUUUGUGUCGAGUGAUCAUCAAACCAAACUUUAGAAAGAAAUAAUCUCAAACACAAUACAAACUCACCACGCCAGAAAAUAUGGUCAAGUUUUUAUAAUUUUUAGAUCUUUAUCCCGAUAUGAAUAUGGUUCAAUUUAACAAAUGCUCUUAGUCAAUUAAGAAGUGGGCGGUUCAAAUCUUCCAAAUUGAGAUUAGAUAUUAAAAUUUUGAAACUCAGUAAAAAUUAACUUCUUCUUCUUCUUUAAUUGGGUACAACAGGAGGAUGUGAUGAAAUGAAGGGGAUGCUAUGGUAUGCAAUGGAGUGUUGUAAUAAUGUCAUGUUGAGAAUAAAGGUAUUCUCGUGGAUUUGAGAAAAACCAUAUUUGUAGUUCAUGAAAAAUUGAAAGUGUGUGGAGGCAUCAAUCAAUAUGUUUUGUGCUUUAGAUUUAGCUUUAGCAAUUAGCAUCAUUUGAUUUGGAUGGCUUUUACUUUCCACUCACAAUAUCCGCAGCUAUUUUUAUGGAUCCCUUCAUUUCAACCAAACUUUCUGUAAAAAUAUGUAUCUUCUUCUGUUCCAUUUGAUGGUAAUGAUAGUAAUUAUAUUAUGUC